AUCCGGGUGGGUGUUGAUUUAUCAGGAAUAAAGCGAACAUCAACAUUAAAAACAUUCGUCAAAUUAUAACAUAUUAAUCAUUUAAACGAUCGUAUCGUUCGCGUUUAACCUGCAGCCAUGCCUGGAAUCGAUAAACUACCGAUAGAGGAAACUCUGGAGGACAGUCCGCAGACUCGAUCUCUGCUGGGUGUGUUUGAAGAAGAUGCAGCAGCAAUAUCCAGUUAUUUUAGUCAGCUUUUCAAAGCCAUGCAGAGGAUCUACGACGCCCAGAAUGAACUGAGCGCUGCCACACAUCUGACAUCGAAAUUACUGAAAGACUACGAGAAACAGCGUUUUCCUCUAGGUGGCGAUGACGAGGUGAUGAGUUCCACUUUGCAACAGUUUGCUAAAGUUAUCGAUGAGCUCAGCUCCUGUCACGCGGUUCUCUCCACGCAGCUCGCAGAUGCCAUGAUGUUCCCUAUCACACAGUUUCAGGAGAGAGACCUGAGAGAAAUUCUCAUCCUGAAGGAAGUGUUUCAGAUUGCAAGUGAUGAUCACGAUGCUGCCGUACACAGAUACAGUCGCCUGUCGAAGCGGAAGGAGAAUGAGAAGGUGAAGAAUGAAGUGAUGGAGGAUGUGUACACGUCCAGAAAGAAGCAGCACGAGACCACAAUGCACUACUUUGCAUCCCUCAAUAUGCUGCAGUAUAAGAAGAAAAUCGCUCUGCUGGAGCCGCUACUGGGAUAUAUGCAGGCGCAGAUCAGUUUCUUCAAGCUGGGAUCAGAGAAUCUGACGCAGCAAUGGGAGGAUUUCCUCAAUAACAUUGGCACCAGCGUGCAGAAUGUUCGCAGGGAAAUGGACAGCGAUGCUGAAGCGAUGGAGCAGACGAUCCAGGACCUGAAAGAGGCCAGUGAUCCGCUGUACAUGCCUGACCCAGACCCCAACAGGAUCCCUGUCAACCGCAAUCUGACACGCAAAGCCGGAUACCUCAACACUCGCAAUAAAACGGGCCUGGUGUCGUCCAGCUGGGAGCGUCAGUACUUCUUCACACAGGGAGGAAACCUGAUGAGCCAGAGCAGAGGAGCCGUGGCCGGAGGACUCGUCAUGGACAUCGACAACUGCUCCGUCAUGGCCGUGGACUGUGAGGACCGACGCUUCUGCUUUCAGAUCACUGCCUUCGAUGGGAAGAAAGCUGCAGUAUUACAGGCGGACAGCAGGAAAGACUGUGAGGAGUGGAUUGCAACAAUAAACAACAUCUCUAAGAGGAUAUACCUCAGUGAAAACCCAGAGGAGAUCGCAGCCAGAGUGAAUCAAUCCGCUCUGGAGGCCGUGACUCCUUCACCGUCUUUCCAGCAGAGACACGAGAGCUUCAGACCAAACACGCAGGGUAAAGUGAAAGCGUCCCGUUCAGGCAGUCAGUGCUCUGUGGGCUCCGAGUCUCCGGCUCUGUCGGCUCUGUCUCUGGAUUCACUGGUGGCUCCUGAUACUCCGAUACAGUUCGACAUCAUCCCCGUCAGCGAGGAGCACACGAGUCAGACCAAGAGCAGUGCACAGGGCAGAAGGACCAACCCGUUUGGGGAAUCUGGAGGAUCACAAUCUGAAGAAAGCGAAGACUCGAUCCUGCACCAGUUGUUUAUCGUGCGGUUCCUGGGCUCUAUGGAGGUGAAGGCCACAGAGAGCUCAGACGUCAUCUAUGAGACCAUGAGGCAGAUCCUGGCCGCUCGAGCCAUUCAUAACAUCUUUAGGAUGACUGAAUCGCAUCUGCUAGUCACCUGCGAAUGCCUGAAGCUCAUUGACCCACAGACGCAAGUCACCAGAUUACGGUUUCCGCUCUCCAGUGUGGUUCUGUGUGCGUCGCAUCAGGAGAACAAGCGUUUGUUUGGUUUUGUGCUGCAGACAGCAGGAGGACGAGCAGACGGGCAGCCUGUUACUGUCUGCUACAUCUUUGAGUCAAACAAUGAUGGAGAGAAGAUCUGUGACAGUAUAGGCCUGGCCAAGCAGAUCGCCCUCCACUCUGAGAUGGACCGCAAAGCCUCACAGAAACAGAAAGAGCUGGACAAAGCCAAGGAGAAACAGCAGGAAGAACUCCAUAAACAAAAACAGAUCGAGAAGGAUCUGGAGGAACAGAGUCGUCUGAUUGCCGCCUCUAGUCGACCAAAUCAACCAGCAGCAGAUGGACAGUUCUUGGUCCUUAGCAACAGCCAAUCAGAAGACAGCGACGCUGGAGAGGAGGGGCAGAAAAAGGGUGAAUCAGAAGCCUGAUAACAACCCAUCUGUACUGGGAUUCAGCGAAUAUUACUUCCUGUUUUUUGUUGUUUUUUUUCUCCAAUGUGGCCUGCAGGAGCAGCAAUUUAAUAUGUGACUGCAAAAUAUGAUAAAAACAAAUCAUGUGGGACAUUUUGGGGAGUUAUUUGUAAGAAUCCUGUAUUUUUUACCAUAUCCGUUAUUAUUGAACUGCAUUUGCUUUUAAGAGGGUUUUAUAUAUGUAUGGAUGUGUGUGUCCAUGAAUCCACUACCAUGUUGCUUUAUUUCCAAGAAAUUGCACGUGUGAAUAACAGAUUUGUAAUUAAUACUGUACGUCGGGCUUAAUUCGUUCACUAACAAUGAUCUAAAGCUGUAUAUUCAGAGUGAAUUUCAGUGAAGGUAACAUUUUGAAUUAAAUAAAUGUUCAUAAUCUGGUUAGACGAAAUGCAAAAUAUAUUUCAGAAUUUUUUUUUACAGAAAUAUGAACCAUUCUUGAAAGGUUACGUGAGAUUCACUUUGCAAAUGAUUUUAUUAGGUUAUAUCUUGUCAUUACACUAUCAUUGUAAUUUUUUUUUUUUUAGUCUAUAAGCUGCUUAAUAAGUUUUACGUCUCCAAACACAUCUUUUUGAUUCAUCCUACAGUGUAAGAGAUAUCUGUUAAUGAACCGUUUCUGUGUUUUGUGAUUCACUUUUGCUUUAUUUGCUGUUGUGAAUUGCAGUAUGGGAUGUUGAUCUCUGCUCUGCCCACUUUUAAUGUUGAAAAUUCAACUCUACAGUUUAACAAAGUUAAACUUUUAUUGACACUUUUUAGCUUGAAAUAAUAUAAUAUAUAAGAAAUAAGUGUGUAAAAUUACAGAAAAUGUGCUGGCAGUUUAUUACAAGGUUUUUGUAGCGUACUAAACAACACCUACCCAUACAAUAUAGCACUGCAAACUAUUAAAAAUGUUCACAAAAGUCACUUUUUACAACUUUUUUUAGAUUAAAAGUUGUUGGAUGAAAGAUUAAGGUCCCAUAAUGCAAUUCAAAUGCAUAAGUAAAUAAAUAUAAACAUAAAUCACAAAAAACUGGUAAUUUACGGAUAUUUACAGUGUUUUAUAUGAGCAUUAUUUCUUGUCUAAAAUCAUGUGAUCAAAUAGCUUAAGACUUUAUUUGUAUAACACAGAUGUAUUGAAGACUGCAUUGUUUACAUUUGCACAUAUUGGCUCAGUAUAUUGAAAAAUGCUUCAGUUGCAAAUACAAGAAGCCAGAUCAGUCUCAAAAAUAAUACAUUUACAGAAUAUAAUUCAUACAUUCACAAUUACAAAAUCCAAUUCGUAAGUCCAAAACACAAUUCGUAAAUUCAAAACAUGAUUCAAAAAUAUACAAAUCCAAUUCGUAAAUUCAAAACUUAAUUCAAAAAUACACAAAUCCAAUUUGUAAUUUAGAAAUUGAUUCAUUAAUACACGAAUCCAAUUCGUAAUUUCAAAACACCAUUCAAAAUACACAAAUUCAAUGAGUAAAAAUCAAACACGAUUCAAAAAUACACAAAUCCAAUUUGUAAUUCAAAAUGCAAUUCGUAAAUACACAAAUACAAUACGUAAAUUCAAAACACGAUUCAAAAUACACAAAUCCAAUUUGUAAAUUCAAAAAACUUUGUAAAUAAACAAAUCCAAUUCGUAAAUUCAAAUCACGAUUCAUAAAUACAAAAAUCCAAUUUGUAAAUUUAAAACACGAUUUAAAAAUACUCAAAUCCAACUCGUAAACUCAAAACACUUUGUAAAUACAAAAAUCCAAUUUGUAAAUUCAAAACAAUUUGUAAAUACAGAAAUCCAACUUGGGAUUUCAAAACGCGAUACGCAAAUACACAAAUCCAAUUCGUGAAUUCAAAAUGCGAUUCGGAAAUGAUAAAUUCCAACUCGAAAAUUCAAAACGCGAUUCGUGAAUUCAAAACACGAUUCGUUAAUACACAAAUCCAAUUUGUAAAUUAAAAACACGAUUCAAAAAUACAUAAAUCCAAUUCGUAAAUUCAAAACGUGAUUGGUAAAUACACCAAUCCAGUUCGUGAAUUCAAAACGCAAUUAGUAAAUAAACAUAUAUAAUUUGUGAAUUCAAAACGCAAUUCGUAAAUACACAAAUCCAAUUCGUGAAUUCAAAACCCAAUUCAUAAAUACACAAAUCCAAUUCGUAAAUUCAAAAUGUGAUUCGUAAAUACACAAAUCCAAUUUGUGAAUUCAAAACGCAAUUCGUAAAUACACAAAUCCAAUUCGUAAAUUCAAAACAUGAUUCGUAAAUACACAAAUCAAAUUUGUAAAUUCGAAACACAAUUCAUAAAUACACAAACCCAAUUUGUGAGUUCAAAACGCGAUUCGUAAAUUCAAAAUGCGAUUCGUAAAUACACAAAUCCAGUUAAUUUGGUGAAAAAAUGUAUGAUUUUUACUUGUGAAUUAACUAAUUGUGUGCUGUAUUUAUGAAUUGUGUUUUGAAUUUACAAUGUGGAUUUUGUAAAUGUGAAUUGUGCGCAUGAAUUUUAUAUUGUAAAUGUAAUAUGUUUGAGACUGAUCUUGCUCCAUAAUAGCGUUGAAAUUAUUUUGCUCCUGAAAUGGUGGAGGUUGCACAGAAAGUUACUGGAUCAAACAUAGUCUGAUUAAUUGAUUUGCUUUGUUUGAGUAUUAGCAGACGUUACGGUUCGUAUACUGUCAGAAAUCGGCACUUUUUGUUUCAUUGUAAUCUGUAAAAAGCAUUCGCUCCAUUUACUUUGUCAAUGAUUAAAUGUUGUCGAAAUGUC